UCGCCAAGGGUGGUGGUGGGCAUGGCGAGCGGACGGUGCACCGUGAUCGAUAAUGAACGUCCUCAUGCUCCUGGAGUGCUUAUGGCGCUUCCCAGCGACAUGAGCACAUUCUUGAGGGCAAGUACAGACCGGCUCAAGCUCGCCGAGCCGGCAAGCACAGUGUUUGCGCAGAGCGGGGCCAUCAUCGAUGCGGUCACUUGGAUCCGCGACGACGAUGUGGUCUACGUGGCGUCGGGCGAAGCACCCCAGUUUGGCCUCACAGUCGAGUCGCGCGCCGUCGCUCGCGGCCGCUGUACCCUUAUCGCCUCUCUCGCGGCUGCACCGCCGUCCGGGCUCACGCUUCCAGGCAUGCCGCCGCUGGACGCGGCCGAGAGCUCAACACAGAUGCCCGAGGCGGCUGUUGUUGUUAUUCCGAACACCUUUGCCGAUCUGCUCACGGUCGCUUCGCGCGAGCUCGGCAUCAACGCCAAGAUGGUGUACACUGAGUCGGGCGGUCUUGUGCGGUCGGUCGACGUCAUCCAGAACAAUGACUUGCUGUUUGUCUCGGACGCGCCGCGGCCGAAGCAGCUGCAGCGUGUGCUCUCGGUUGUCUCACAGCGGCACGAUACGGCCGAAGGCUCGGAUCUGUGCUCGGUCUCGGACGACGGCUCGGUCCUCACCACCCAGACCGCCGUGGUUGUCUCGUCGGCGGUCUGCAUGCCGGGUCCCGGAUCGGCGCCGUCGCUCUCAGCUGCAGCGCUGGCGUACUCGUCGACGGACGGUGGCGACGGCCUUCUUGGCUCGUCGCCGGCAGUCUCGAUGGCGCCGCCGCCCAACUCGGACUGGGUCUCGCUCAAUGUGGGCGGCCAAGUGUUUCACACGUCGCGCACCACCCUCUGUCGCGAUCCGGACUCGAUGCUGGCCAGGCUGUUUGGCCGCUCGCAACGCGACUCGGGUGACGGCUUCGAGUGGUCGUCGGCCACCGACGCGUCCGGUGCCGUCCUCUUUGACCGCGAUCCGCGUUACUUUGGCCCGCUCCUCAACUACCUUCGGACAGGCGUUCUCAUCCGCCCCGACGACGUGUCACUCGAAGGCCUCCUGCUCGAGGCCUCGUUCUUCCAAGUCACGAAACUGGAGGAGCUCAUUGCGUCUGAGCUCGAGGCCGAGGCUGCCUCUGAAAACUCGCCAUACCAGAGGCGAUACGUCGUCCUCACUGUCAAGGGUGCAGGCGUCAAGCUCAUCGAAGGCCCCGUCGAUGCCGUCAUGAAGCAGCUCAACGGUGGCGUUGUCCCCCCGCGCAAGCCGCCGUUCUCCGUCGAGUCCGACGAUCUGCACACUCGUGUUUACGGGCUCACAGAGCUCGGUUGGCUCCUCAAGAACUUUAAGCUCUCGGAGGUCCUCGACGCGCUCCGGGCCGAGGGCUGGGUCCUCGUCCAGUCCUCGGCCGCCUACUCGUCGUGUUCCAUCGGCCCGGGCAACAUCUCGUCAAAGUCAGACGAGGACACCGAGCACCUCUUCAUAUUUGCCCACAAGUCGGGCAUCUACAAGAUCUUCAAUCCCAAGUAACGUACCCCCCUUGCGCUUCCGGCAUCCUCGCCUCUGCGCGCACAGCCAUCCACCUCACCAAUCACACCCACUCUCUCAAACCACUCAUCAGCUCA